UGUAUGUAUGUACUGUAAAAGGUAUAAAGAGAUAAAACGUGAGAGAGAUGCGUAUGACUAUGCUACAGGGGAGGGAGCAGUAGAACGUUGAGACGUCGUUUCUUUGUGUCUUUGCAAGUAUACUCAUCUACGAUCCGAGGCACAUCGUCCGCGUUGUUGCCGGGGAAGAAAGGCGAUUGGUCGUUCUGGCGAGGGGCUCAGCGGCAGCGGAGGGGGGGUGGCCGAUGAAGCAACAAUUCGGACUUGUGCAUGGAGUGUAUUUCUCACAAGUCCUAAGAGAAUGAGAAAUGAGCAGAGCUACAGAGCUUUACGCAGAACCCCACUGGAGGAAGCGAUCACAAGCGGCUUACAGUUCGACCUGCGUUCGCUUGUCGAGUCUCACACUGGAGCAGCUGGUUCUUUGUAGAGAGCUUCGAGCGAAAACGACGAAAGGAGAGUGUCGCCUCCCUUUGCCUCACUGUGCUGAGGAGGAUCGGCGCCGCCUGAAACUCGUGCGGCGCAUGGCCUUCACUGGAGUCUCACGGGGACUUCGCUGACUUCAAGAGGAGCAGCAAAUCGCUAAAGACAACGAAGUUCCUCCGAGGAUGGAGGAAGUACCGUAGUGCCGCCGGCACUCACAUGGUUUUGGGGGCCGGGAACCAAAGGAGGACCUGUUUCUCGCCUUCUCGGAUAGCCUCCCUUUCUCGCCUCGUGUUCUGACAACCCUGCCAACAGCCGGUUCUCCAGGUAGGCGACCGAUUCUCACCGUUUUUUUUGACCCCAGGAGGUCCGCGUAUGCGGAGAGCAGCCAAAAAACGAGACGCGAGAAGAAGCUGAGGCUUGAAUUGUUUUCUUCCGUCGCUUGGAUCACGCGAAAGCCAAGAAAUGUGUGGAGUUUCGAGCAGUCGCUUCUCGCUGACACGGCCGAAAGCCCGACCCGAGACGCUGGAGAAGCUCGGCGGGAAAACCGACAGAGAGAGGCCAGGAAAGUGGAGGACCAGUGGGAGAAAAACUGAAGCAGCAUUGAAGGAUGAACGCCGGCAACACGCAUGUGCACUUUAAAUCCGCGGAAAAAGCGUGUGCGAAAGGAUUUGCUCGAAACCGAAUGCCCGCCACGGUCACCGGCUUCGAGCUAUAAAGCCGUGAAUGGUACACCUCCCUGUGAGAGCGGUGAGCGAACUUGAGAGCGCCUCGGUCCGCUUGUCCGCCGCUUUCGCCCUCCUUUUUCGCGGCUGUUCGUGGACUGACUUUCACUUUCGAUGUGGAGAGGUCCUUCUCCGUCCGCGUGUGUAACGACGAUCCAGCCGCAAUCUUUGUUUCGAAAAGGCUGCACCGGGACGUCUUCCGGCUUCGCGGCAACGCAAAAAACUGCAUGUGGGCAUGCGCAUACCCCUGAGACAGAACACAAGUGGAAUUCGCGGUUGGAUUCGCAACUUCUUCCUUGAGAUCGCUCACUGCGUGCCCUUGGCGUUUCCUGACUCUCUUCGGUCGACGUUCCUGCCGGCGACUCCCGAGGAAUCCGGUGUCCGCAAACACGAUGGGUGUUGACCCUUCUGCGCGGCGCCCGCCUCUGCUGGUUCCUUUCUCCGCGCCUCCGUCGUUUUCGCCUCGAAUACCUGCGCGUCUGUCCUUCUCUCCUCUCCAGUUGUUUUUCUUCCAUCUGUUCUAAAGCUGUGAGUCGUCGAAAGCCGACAGUCUCCGUCAUUCGCAUGCACUCGCGCAGGCUCUUUCCCCGUCUUCUCCGGGAAACGACUGCUGCCUCGCGACACACUCCUCGCGCGCGCUGCUCACGCCCUUUGUCUUAAAGCGCCGUUGUGAUUCGGUCGCCUCCCGACUUUUCCCCGGCUCUCCAUUUGUUUCCACCCACGUGUCAUCCGUCGCGAACUCCGAAACGCCCAGGAGACUCGGCAUUUCAAGAUGGCGAGUGGAGAUGUGAACAUCCAGACAGAGAAAGAAGUUCCUCCGCCGCUCAAGUCCGGAAUCGGAGAGCCCAAGAAGACAGGGUACAAAUUCCCUCAUGUCUUCUUCCCAUACAAGUCGCGCUACAGAUCGCCUCACCGACAGCGCUGGUGGCCCGGCUCAGCUCCUCGCUUUUUGCUCCACUCGCACCCCAAGAGGUGGGCUCCUCGUCGUGACCUCUCCUUUGCGUUCUUUGCUUUCCACGGCUUGAAACCGUUUGCGGAGAAAAACCUCUACGAGCUUAUGCACAGCUUGCCUCUCCGCGGCGCCUCCUCGUACUUCUGGCGUGAAGCUGACAGUGACCCUUGGAAGCACUUGGGCAGGAAAGCGAACCGCUUGCAGGCGCGGGGUGUACGUACACAGCCUGCGUGCGACUCAGAGGUCCAGGCCAGUGGAGAAGCCGGGAACGAAGCUGCAGAUCACAAGCCGGCGGGAGCCUCCACCGGAGAUGCGUCUCAGCCACCCCAAGGGAGAGGAGGACGGAAACAACUGGUCUUUUCUCCCAGAGAAAUUUACUACAAGCGUCGGCCUUUCCAUGCUUUGGUGUUUGGCCGUCUAAGUGUGGGGCAGCUCGGCGCCUCUCCCCCCGAGGCAGUUCCUCCAGAACCUGAACGCGCUGAGAAGCCCCCCGACUGCGAGUCAAAGGAGCAGAGAAAAUGUGCAGGCGUCUCGCGCGUUCUGAAGCAUCCAGAAAUCAUCCGUGGGCUGUCACGCGUCGCGCCUCCACAAGCUUCGCUUGGGGGAUGGAAGUGGAGACCUCCCAAGGAUGCCAGCCGAUGGAUCUUUCGACCCAAAUUUCCACUGCCUUUCCGGCCUGAAUUGUUUCAACCUGAUCCCGAAACGCAUGCAAAAAACCCCUCCGCCUAACCUAUACCCUUACACAUACAACUAAUCGCCUAUAUAUAUAUAUAUAUAUAUAUAUGUAUAUGCCUAGGUAUAUUUGUAUAUAUAUGUAUAUGUACAUGUAUGCGUUUAGUCCGGUGUGUGUAACGCAGACGUAAACGUAGUAGAAGCAUGGACAUACAGAGUUUUUGUUCUGGGUCUGCCCGUUGAAGAUCGGGCGUCAGAAGCGCAGAAAGGCGUUGGAGUGUCUGUGCAGCUGGACGUCGAGUGGCCUCCCCAGCACUUGCUGGCAUCGGUUGACGGGAGAGGAGGGAAGAAGAGGAAAAUGGGAGAGUUCUGGGGUGACAGGCGAGAGAAUGGAAGUUGUGUUCAGAGACAUGGGAGGCGAAAGAGGACAGAUUUCUUAUUUUGCAGAGCGAAACACUAAGUGUUGCGACGGACUCGAAAUGCUAGCACAGACACGGUCCCUGAAUGAUACAUUUGUAGAGUAGGAAGCGUAUUCGAACACGUUUCACCCCGUGUGUCUAUGCGCGCGUGUACAAAGACAAAUGCAUGUUUGCGUGAAUCGGGUUUGUCGAUCCCGUAUGUGUCAAGUGUAAGUCGUGCGAAAAUGGACGGAGGGGAUAGAAAAAAUGGACUGAGCACGCUAGCGAGGGGAAAGAAAGUUCGAAGGCUGCGAACGGGAGUUGGGCUUUGUCAUUUGUUGGCGUCGUGGAGAAUACUGUUUUUCCAAAGAUUUUUUCGAACGAAAAUGGGACCCUUGUCGACCGAAAGUCUCACGGAUUUCAGAUUCCCGUCACCAGCUGGUACUGACCCUCUGGUGGAAACACAGCCGGUUUCUGUCGUUUCUACUGUCUGUCGAAAACCUGUAGGGUUCAGAGGGUUGGUCGCAAAACUGUGGCACUUCUGAGGGCUGCACCACUGUCGCGCAUGUGUCGCCUUUUCUGUGGUAAGGCGGCUGCUGUCAGUCCAGGGGUAGCACGCCACUUGUCUUGUACCGACCUUAACGAAAUUUCCUUUGUUUUCCAAAACGCUUUCCACGCUUACAUACACAUAAUUGGAGUCACACUCAGCA